AUGAGCAUUCUCUUAUUAUUAUUAUUAUUGCUAAAUUGCCUUCAAUUAUUCGAAUGUUUCAAUAUUCCGCAACACGUGCAGGCUACGAAAGGAAAAUUUUUUGUACAUAAUUUGCAUUCGGCCAAUUUUUUUCCGAGCACAGUUAAAGUGAAAUGGGAAGCGACGCUUAACAAUAAACCAGCUUUACCCUCAUGGUUGAGAUUGAUGCCUUCAAGGCACCCGGAGAUUGCCUAUCUUAUCGGCACACCGGUCACAAACGUCCCGCAAAUCACUAUACACGUAAUUGCGAAAAGGCUUGAUAACUUUGAAAUUCAACAAAAGAUGCUCGUAAUCAAUUUGGUCGACGAUUCAAAGUAUAAUGGAUAUACAAAGGAGAUAUUCGAGCUGCCUUUGAAUAAUUUGGAACUUGAGGAGUUUGUUUCAAAUCGCAAUCGAAAAAUUGAGCAACUCGAAAAUGCGCUGAAAAUGACAUUCCGUGGCAAGAACGUGAACCCGUAUAUCGUCGAUGUUCGCCAUAAAUAUCUUGUUCCAAAGGGCAAGGAGCAUAUAUUUAAUAAUAAAGGAAUAAUUGUAUCGGUAGGAACACAAUAUAAGUUCUAUCCAGGAACUGUUGCAAUGGUUCAUAAUCUUCAUGAUAAUCCUGCCUUCUGUCAGCGACCUUCUUCAGUGGCAAUGAAUCGCAAUUUCGCCCCAAUGUUUGAAGUUGAUUGGUGUAACGUGAACUUGAGAAAUGCCACGCUUGUAACCAACGUGGAAGAAGAGCCAAUUAAAGCGCCUGUCGUCACGCAGCCAAUAAAAGGGAAAAAAUCUAAAAAUGAAACGAAGGCGAGUGAUCGGCUUGACCCGCCACCGCAAGAAAUUUACGGAUACAGCGGCUACAACUUCUGGAAUAGCGUCAUCCUUUUUCCGGCCAUUGGAAUUGUAUGUGUAAUUCUCCUUCUCGUCUUAAGCAUUAUCUUCUUUGGCAGUCGCGAGGGUCAGAAAUGGAGGGAUUAUAAAACAUCAAGAGAGACAUUGGAAGAAUACAUAAGCGUUCGCGAGAGUCAAAAACACUUGAGAGAACUCUCAGUUCAACGACAACUAAUAAGCAUGUCGCAGGAUUCAUCGGCAGUUCCAACUGGAAUUCACUCAUUUUUACAGCCAAGAAGUCGAAUGCCGAGUACUGUUGCAAGGUUUAGCAAAAGCGCAAGCCGAUUGAAUGAUAAAGAAGAAACUGUUGAACUUCUCCCAGUACUUGACCGGACCCCAGUUGGCAAGCAAACCGUUGCCGAAGCAGCAAAACAAUGCGGAAGCUCAUUGCACUUGUAUAGAAACCCAUUGGAUAGCGAAAGUGAUGAGAAUGCGAGUGAUAAUAGCUCACAAGAUAGAUGA